AUGGAAUCCAAAGUAGGUAGUUCAAAAACCCUAUCAAACUCAAUCGAUCCCACUAACCACGAACAUUUUCCCAUUUCAGAACAAAGUUGGAAUUCACCACAUCUAAAAUUUUUCAUAUGCGACACCUGCAGUGCUGGCUUUCGUCGACUUGCCGAUAUGUACAGACACAAAUGUGGUCCUCCGCCAAGAUAUGGUUGUCCUUAUUGCCGUAAACGUGAUAACAGCUCGUCUAACAUUAAUCGACAUGUCAAACGUUUCAUGAACUACGGGAGCUUGGAAUCGUCAUACACCGAACAUCUGAACGAGAUAAAAAGAUUCGAAUGUUUGAACUGUCAUCGACGUUUCACCCACAAGACAACAAUCGUCGAUCAUCUACGUUAUUUCUGCGGCCGUGGGCCUCAAUUUCAAUGUCCUUAUUGCGGUUGUCCUGGAAGUAGUUCUUCGAGUGUUUAUAGACAUGUGAGAACAAAGCAUCGUGCCGGACUUCUCGGCUACUAUCACCAACCAUUCUCGAACUUCGCCGUCCCAGCGAUACCAGGGCGUCGAAUUCAACUGUCACAGCAGAGGAAACACGUAUGUGUCAAGUGCGGCAAAUCCUAUGUUUUCCAGCAAAGCCUCAAACGUCACACCAAAUGGGAAUGUGGCCUCGAACCUAGAUUCAGGUGUCCUUAUUGCGGUUACAAAACUAAACAACAGACACACGUCAAGGAACACGUCAAAAGAAUGCACGCUGGCAAGAAGAUUUAUGUGCUGAGGAUCCUUGACGAGGGUGAAGUAUUGAGAGAUGCCGAUAAUCGAGUUUAG